AUGCAUCUCUUUUCAGCCGAGGAGAAGAAACGGGUCCAAAAGGAUCAAGAGCAGACAGUGGUGGCUGAAUGUGCCCAGCAGCUGCGUGUGAUGGGAGAUCUGAUCCACUGGAAGUACGUGCUGCUCAGCCUGCUGGCGAGAAAUUACAAACAAAUGCAGAAGAUUAAAUGAAUCAGGUGAAGAGGAGAAACCUGGCUGUAAUGUGACACUACCGGAAAAUGGCGUGACCUGACGUACGCUUUAAAAAAAAAACACCUCCUCUCUCUCUGCUGGAGUUUCUUGCUUCUUGCGAAUCAGCC